AUGGGGCUAAUGGCAAAGCACAAGCGGGCAUCAUCAAAGCCAAACUCUGCCGCUGCACUCGGUCACGCCAGCGUUUUUAUGCGCACACAACAGAGCGGAGCAGCAGUGGGCACAGCAACCGGCAGCGCCUCGCCAACCACCGCCCGCUCAGAGCGAGCCUGCUUUGCGCGGCCUCUUGCACGUCCUACCGGCGGGGUCACCCGCGUAGGCGGCUGCUGCUGCUUUGCCUUCGCUGUGUCGCCGCCUUCCUUGCGGAGAUCCCCGGUGCGCGGAGGGAGAGACCGUGGGCGGGCAGCGAGUAAGAAACUUUUUAGCAAGAAAAAAUUGAAAAGAAAACAGAAGACUAAACUAAAAGUAAAAACACGUAACAAGACAGAGAACCUAGAGAGUACAAUAACUGUACCAGAUAUCAGAUUACACAGCAACCCUUCAGCUUUCAAUGUUUACUGCAAUGUCCGCCAUUGUGUUUUGGAGUGGCAAAAAAAGGAAGCGUCCGUAUCGUUGGCUUCCAAGAACAGUGUACAGAGUGGGGAUUCAGACAGCGAUGAAGAGGAGGAAUCCAAAGAGCCACCCAUUAAACUUCCAAAGAUCAUUGAAGUUGGUUUAUGUGAAGUCUUUGAGCUGAUAAAGGAGACAAGAUUUUCUCACCCAUCCUUGUGUCUCAGGAGUCUACAAGCCCUACUUAAUGUGCUCCAGGGCCAACAGCCAGAAGGCCUCCAGUCAGAGCCUCCUGAAGUCCUGGAAUCCCUGUUCCAGCUGCUUCUAGAGAUAACUGUCCGAAGCACGGGAAUGAAUGACAGCACAGGACAGUCCUUGACAGCCCUUUCCUGCGCUUGCCUCUUCAGUUUGGUAGCUGCGUGGGGAGAGACAGGAAGAACAUUGCAAGCCAUCUCUGCCAUCCUCACCAAUAAUGGCAGCCAUGCUUGUCAGACUAUUCAGGUGCCAACCAUUUUAAACUCUCUUCAGAGGAGUGUGCAGGCCGUUCUGGUAGGCAAGAUCCAAAUCCAGGACUGGUUCAGUAAUGGGAUAAAGAAAGCAGCCCUCAUGCACAAAUGGCCAUUGAAAGAAAUAUCUGUAGAUGAUGACGACCAGUGCCUACUUCAGAGUGAUGGGUUUUUCCUUUAUCUGUUAUGUAAAGAUGGACUUUACAAAAUUGGCUCCGGAUAUAGUGGAACAGUGAGGGGCCAUAUAUACAAUUCUACAUCCCGCAUCAAAAACAGAAAGGAAAAAAAAUCCUGGUUAGGUUAUGCUCAGGGCUAUUUGUUAUACAGAGAUGUGAAUAAUCACAGUAUGACAGCCGUAAGAAUAAACCCUGAAACUUUGGAACAAGAUGGGACCGUUGCUUUGCCAGAUUGCCAUACCGAAGGGCAGAAUAUCCUCUUCACUGAUGGAGAAUAUAUUAAUCAAAUAGCAGCAUCGAGAGAUGAUGGCUUUGUAGUUCGAAUAUUUGCAACAAGCACUGAGCCGGUACUGCAGCAAGAACUGCAGCUUAAGCUUGCAAGAAAAUGCUUACAUGCCUGUGGUAUCUCCUUGUUUGAUCUGGAGAAAGAUUUGCACAUUAUCAGUACAGGUUUUGAUGAGGAAUCAGCUGUCCUUGGUGCUGGAAGAGAAUUCGCACUAAUGAAAACUGCUAGUGGAAAGAUUUAUUAUACUGGCAAAUAUCAGAGCCUUGGAAUCAAGCAAGGUGGUCCAUCAGCAGGCAAAUGGGUUGAACUGCCAAUCACAAAAUCUCCAAAGAUAAUUCAGUUCUCUGUGGGACAUGAUGGUUCACAUGCCUUACUUGUUGCAGAGGAUGGAAGUAUAUUCUUCACAGGUUCUGCUAGUAAAGGAGAGGAUGGGGAAUCAACUAAAAGUAGACGACAGUCAAAACCUUAUAAACCCAAGAAAAUAAUUAAAAUGGAAGGAAAGAUUGUGAUAUCUACAGCUUGCAAUAAUGGAAGCAGUUCUGUAAUUUCAAAAGACGGAGAACUCUACAUGUUUGGAAAAGAUGCCAUUUACUCUGAUAGUACAAGUUUAGUAACAGAUUUGAAAGGGCACUUUGUGACUCAGGUGGCUAUGGGCAAAGCUCAUACCUGUGCAUUAAUGAAAAAUGGAGAAGUUUGGACAUUUGGUGUAAAUAAUAAAGGACAGUGUGGACGCGACACAGGUUCCAUGAGUCAGGGGGGAAAAGGUUUUGGAGUUGAGAACAUGGCAACAGCAAUGGAUGAAGACCUAGAGGAGGAACUGGAUGAAAAAGAUGAGAAGUCCAUGAUGUGUCCCCCAGGCAUGCACAAGUGGAAGCUGGAGCAGUGCAUGGUGUGCACUGUUUGUGGAGACUGCACGGGCUAUGGAGCUAGCUGUGUCAGCAGCGGGAGGCCUGACAGAGUGCCUGGAGGAAUCUGCGGCUGUGGCUCAGGUGAGUCGGGCUGCGCUGUAUGUGGCUGCUGCAAGGCGUGUGCUAGAGAACUGGAUGGCCAAGAGGCAAGGCAAAGAGGAAUCCUUGAUGCUGUGAAAGAGAUGAUCCCUUUGGAUCUCUUGUUGGCUGUCCCUGUUCCUGGAGUUAAUAUUGAAGAACACCUUCAGUUACGGCAAGAAGAAAAGCGGCAGCGGGUAAAUAGGAGACACAGACUGGAAGAGGGAAGAGGCCCCCUUGUAUUUCCUGGUCCAAUUUUUAUGAACCACCGAGAACAGGCUCUAGCCAGAAUCAGACCCCAUCCAGCACAGCUAAAGCAUAAACGGGACAAGCACAAAGAUGGAAGUGGGGAAAGAGGUGAGAAAGAUGCGAGCAAAAUCACAACCUAUCCACCGGGGGCUGUCCGCUUCGACUGUGAACUGCGAGCUGUACAAGUCAGUUGUGGAUUUCACCAUUCAGUGGUUUUGAUGGAGAAUGGUGAUGUUUACACAUUUGGAUAUGGGCAGCACGGGCAGCUUGGACAUGGUGAUGUUAAUUCCAGGGGAUGUCCCACUUUGGUGCAAGCAUUACCAGGUCCUAGCACACAAGUUACUGCUGGAAGCAACCAUACAGCUAUACUCUUAAUGGAUGGCCAGGUUUUCACAUUUGGAAGUUUCUCAAAAGGCCAGCUUGGUAGACCAAUUUUGGAUAUGCCCUACUGGAAUGCAAAACCAGCACCUAUGCCUAACAUUGGCUCUAAGUACGGACGCAAAGCCACGUGGAUUGGAGCGAGCGGAGACCAGACUUUCCUUCGAAUUGAUGAAGCUCUCAUUAAUUCUCAUGUGCUUGCUACGUCAGAGAUAUUUGCAAGCAGGCAUAUAAUAGGUUUGGUACCAGCUUCAAUAUCAGAACCUCCUCCUUUUAAAUGCCUUCUGAUAAACAAAGUUGAUGGCAGUUGCAAAACUUUCAAUGAUUCUGAACAGGAAGACCUUCAAGGAUCUGGUGUGUGUCUGGAUCCUGUCUAUGAUGUUAUUUGGAGGUUUCGACCAAGCGCUAGGGAGCUGUGGAGCUACAACGCGGUAGUUGCCGAUUCCAGACUUCCCUCCGCUCCGGACAUGCAGUCCCGGUGCAGUAUUUUGAGUCCCGAACUUGCUCUGCCGAUAGGUUCCAAAGCUCUGACCACCAGAUCUCAUGCAGCUUUGCACAUUCUAGGUUGUCUCGAUACGUUGGCUGCUAUGCAGGACUUAAAAAUGGGUGUAGCAAAUACGGAAGAAGAGACUCAAGCAGUAAUGAAAGUUUAUUCUAAAGAAGACUACAGCAUUGUUAACAGAUUUGAAAGUCACGGAGGAGGUUGGGGCUAUUCAGCCCACUCGGUGGAAGCUAUCCGUUUCUGUGCGGAUACAGACAUUUUGUUAGGUGGGCUUGGUCUUUUUGGAGGUAGGGGUGAAUACACUGCGAAAAUAAAGUUGUUUGAAUUGGGUCCUGAUGGGGGGGACCAUGAGACUGAUGGGGACCUUCUUGCUGAAACAGAUGUCUUAGCAUAUGAUUGUGCUGCUAGAGAAAAGUAUGCCAUGAUGUUUGAUGAACCAGUUCUCUUACAAGCUGGUUGGUGGUACGUAGCCUGGGCAAGAGUGUCGGGGCCUAGCAGUGAUUGUGGAUCUCACGGACAGGCCUCUAUUACUACAGAUGAUGGUGUUGUCUUUCAGUUUAAAAGUUCCAAGAAAUCAAAUAAUGGUACAGAUGUUAAUGCAGGGCAGAUUCCGCAGUUACUCUACAGACUGCCAACAAGCGAUGGGAGUGCGUCCAAAGGCAAACAGCAGACCAGUGAACCUGUGCAUAUUCUAAAGAGAUCUUUUGCUAGAACUGUCUCUGUAGAGUGCUUUGAAUCUUUACUGAGCAUUCUGCACUGGAGUUGGACCACGCUGGUGCUCGGGGUUGAAGAACUUCGUGGGCUGAAAGGAUUCCAGUACACUGCUACCCUCUUGGAUUUAGAAAGGCUGCGCUUUGUGGGCACUUGCUGUCUGAGGUUGCUGAGGGUCUACACCUGUGAAAUAUAUCCCAUAUCAGCUACAGCUAAGGCAGUUGUGGAAGAAACCAGCAAACUAGCGGAUUGCAUUGGAAAAACUAGGACUUUGCUGAGAAAAAUCUUAUCUGAAGGAGUUGAUCACUGCAUGGUGAAGUUGGAUAAUGACCCUCAAGGGUAUCUCAGCCAGCCCCUGAGCCUUUUAGAAGCGUUUUUUUACAAUAUUUUCACUGCUUGCUUCCAUUCCUUCUAUCCCACGCCAACUCUCCAGUGGGCAUGCCUUUGUGACUUGCUGAAUUGCUUGGAUCAGGACAUCCAGGAAGCCAACUUCAAGACGUCGAGCAGCCGGCUGCUCGCGGCGGUGAUGUCGGCGCUGUGCCACACGUCGGUGAAGCUCACCUCCAUCUUCCCCAUCGCCUACGACGGGGAGGCGCUCCUGCGCUCCAUGGUCAAGCAGGUCAGCACCGAGAACGACUCCGCGCUGGCCCACCGCUUCCCUCUGCUGGUGGCCCACAUGGAAAAACUUAGUCAGAGUGAAGAAAAUGUUUCAGGGAUGACAAGCUUUCGGGAAGUGCUGGAAAAGAUGUUGGUCAUUGUUGUUUUACCAGUGCGGAACAGCCUUAGGCGAGAAAAUGAGCUUUUCUCUUCACACCUUGUUUCUAAUACCUGUGGGUUACUGGCUAGUGUUGUCAGUGAGCUUACGGCGUCUGCACUGGGAUCCGAGGUCGAUGGACUGAAUUCUCUCCAUUCUGUCAAGUCCACCCCAAAUCGCUUCACUAAAACAAGUCAGGGAAGAAGCUGGAAUACUGGGAAUGGAUCCCCUGAUGCAAUAUGUUUCUCUGUGGACAAACCUGGUGUAGUUGUAGUAGGAUUUUCUGUUUAUGGAGGAGGAGGAAUUCAUGAGUAUGAGUUGGAAGUAUUAGUUGAUGAUAGUGAUCACACCGGAGACUCAACUCAUUCUCAUAGGUGGACAUCUUUAGAGUUAGUUAAAGGAACUUACACCACAGAUGAUUCUCCCAGUGACAUAGCUGAAAUCAGACUUGACAAAGUUGUGCCACUGAAGAGUUUUAAUAUGCCAUUUGGUAGCAAACUUUAUUGUAUAACUGGUCACUUUCCAAGAACUACCGCCAACGGAGACGGAGGGAUGACGACAGUUCAGUGUCCAGAUGGGGUAACCUUCACGUUUAGCACAUGCAGCCUGAGCAGUAACGGCACAAACCAAACACGAGGACAAAUUCCCCAGAUUCUUUAUUACAGGAGUGAGUAUGAUGGAGAUCUACAGUCACAGCUUUUGAGCAAAGCUAAUGAAGAAGAUAAAAAUUGUAGCAGAGCUCUCUCCGUUGUGAGCGCUGUUGUCCGAGCGGCCAAAGACCUCCUGCACAGGGCUCUCGCUGUGGAUGCUGAAGACAUUCCAGAACUGCUCAGCUCUUCCAGUCUGUUUUCCAUGCUGCUUCCCCUCAUAAUAGCCUACAUAGGACCAGUUGCGGCGGCUAUUCCCAAGGUUGCUGUUGAAGUCUUUGGCCUAGUACAACAGUUACUUCCUUCCGUGGCAGUAUUGAAUCAGAAAUAUGCCCCUCCAGCCUUUAACCCAAAUCAGUCCACGGACAGCACCACAGGAAACCAGCCAGAACAAGGCCUUUCAGCUUGCACUACCUCUAACCACUACGCCGUCGUGGAGAGCGAGCAUCCCUAUAAACCAGCCUGUGUCACACACUAUAAGGUGACUUUUCCUGAAUGUGUCAGGUGGAUAACAAUAGAGUUUGACACUCAGUGUGGCACUGCUCAGUCAGAAGAUGUUCUUCGUCUACUGAUUCCUGUCAGAAUUGCACAGAGCCUAGGAUUUGGACCAAAGCAUGGUUCUGUUCAUGAAAACCUUAAUUCAUGGAUAGAGCUGAAAAAAUUCUCUGGAUCUUCAGGAUGGCCCACUAUGGUAUUAGUAUUGCCAGGAAAUGAAGCACUUUUUUCUCUGGAGACUGCAUCAGACUAUGUGAAAGAUGAAAAGGCUUGUUUCUAUGGUUUCAAAUGUUAUGCCAUUGGAUAUGAAUUUAGUCCAGGAUCUGAUGAGGGUAUUAUUCAACUGGAGAAAGAACUGGCCAAUUUAGGAGGAUCAUGUGCAGCAGCUUUGAUGAAGAAAGAUCUAGCACUUCCAAUUGCAGGUAAUGAAUUUGAAGAAGAUCUUGAGAUUCUUGAAGAGGCUGCUUUACAGGUGUGCAAAUCUCACUCUGGCAUCCUUGGUAAAGGCUUGGCACUGUCUCACUCCCCUACUAUCCUGGAAGCCCUUGAAGGGAGCCUUCCCUUGCAAGUGCAAAGCAACGAGCAGUCAUUUCUGGAGGACUUCAUUGCCUGUGUGCCAGGGUCCAGCGGAGGGCGCCUUGCAAGAUGGCUGCAGCCAGAUUCGUAUGCUGAUCCUCAGAAAACAUCUUUGAUUUUAAAUAAGGAUGACAUUCGAUGUGGCUGGCCAACCGUUAUUACCGUACAAACAAAAGACCAGUAUGGGGAUGUUGUUCAUGUUCCUAAUAUGAAGGUGGAGGUCAAAGCUAUUCCCGUUUCUCAGAAAAAAACGUCUUUGCAACAAGAGCAAGUUAAAAAGGGGCAGCGAAUACCAGGGAGUCCUGCAACAGCUGCCUCCCCUAACACUGACAUGACCUUUGGAGGGCUUCCUUCACCAAAACUGGACUCCUCUUAUGAACCUAUGAUAGUAAAGGAGGCUCGAUAUAUUGCCAUUACAAUGAUGAAGGCAUAUGAAAAUUAUUCCUUUGAAGAAUUACGCUUUGCUUCACCAACCCCAAAGAGACCCAGUGAAAACAUGUUGAUCAGAGUCAAUAAUGAUGGUACCUACUGUGCAAACUGGACUCCAGGAGCAGUUGGUCUCUAUACCAUUCAUGUUACUAUAGACGGCAUCGAAAUAGACGCUGGCUUAGAAGUGAAAGUGAAAGAUCCCCCGAAGGGAAUGAUACCACCUGGAACCCAACUUAUUAAACCAAAAGCAGAACCUCAGCCAAACAAGGUUCGCAAAUUUGUGGCCAAGGACAGUGCAGGGCUUCGUAUCCGUAGCCACCCUUCCCUUCAAAGUGAGCAAAUAGGCAUAGUGAAAGUCAAUGGAUCCAUCACUUUCAUUGACGAGAUCCACAAUGAUGAUGGUGUUUGGCUGAGGCUGAACGAUGAGACUAUAAAGAAGUAUGUUCCUAACAUGAAUGGUUACACAGAAGCCUGGUGCCUCUCUUUUAACCAGCAUCUGGGCAAGAGCCUUCUGGUACCUGUUGACAAUGUCUUUAAUGCUAGCCAAGGAGUCAGGGAUUUGGACUUUUUUUCAUGGACUUCCAAAGCUUUACCCCCCAAGGAAUCUAGGUCUAACUCUGAUGAUUUUUUCAAAGACCUGACCUCGCACUGCCCCCAGGAAGCAGUGAUGCAAGAGCAAGAGCUGCCAUUCCUGCGAGGGGGACCGGGAGUGUACAAGGUAGUGAAGACUGGCCCGUCAGGUCACAACAUCAGAAGCUGCCCUAACCUUAGAGGUAUCCCAAUUGGAAUGUUAGUUCUGGGAAACAAAGUCAAGGCAGUGGGCGAGGUGACUAAUUCAGAAGGUACCUGGGUGCAGAUGGAUAAGAACAGCAUGGUAGAGUUCUGUGAAAGUGAUGAAGGCGAGGCCUGGUCCCUAGCUAGAGACAGAGGUGGAAACCAGUACCUGCGACAUGAAGAUGAGCAAGUUCUUCUAGAUCAGAAUGUUCAGACUCCCCCUCCAAGCCCCUUUUCAAUACAAGGUUUCAGUAAGGGGACGAGCUGUACUAAUGGACAAGGGUUUGACUAUGGCCUUGGAAAUAACAAAGGUGACCAACUGAGUGCCAUACUGAAUUCCAUUCAGUCACGGCCAAAUCUCCCAGCUCCUUCCAUCUUUGAUCAAGCUGCAAAACCUCCCUCUUCCCUAGUCCACAGUCCAUUUGUGUUCGGACAGUCCCUUUCCUUCCAGCAGCCUCAGCCACAGCUUCAGAGUGACCGAGUGAAUUUCACAGCAGCUGCUAGACCAGUUUCUCCAGCAGGAAAAUCAGACAUGUCAUCAAAGCACAGGGUUGACAGCAGAUCACCCAAGCCUGAUGUGCGAAUGAAUAGAGUUGCUGCUGACCAGAAGAAACCUAGGAAUGCAGAAGGUUUAUCUGCUAGUGAAUCUCUUAUGCUGAAAUCAGAUGCUGCAAAAUUGCGGUCAGAUUCUCACAGCAGAUCUUUGUCUCCAAACCAUAACACUCUGCAAACACUAAAAACAGAUGGCAGAACAACUACUGGUCUGAGAGCUGAAUCUCCAGGACCAGGAACCCGGUCCUCUUCUCCAAAGACAAAGACGCUUACAGCAGUUAGAUCUGGUGCUAGUUCUCCACGAUCCUCAUCACCACAUGAUAAAACUCUACCUCAGAAAGCUUCAUCCCCUGUAAAAACAAAGCUUGAUCCUCCUCGAGAACGAUCCAAAUCCGAUUCUUACACGUUAGAUCCAGACACCCUUCGCAAAAAGAAAGUACCGCUUACAGAACCCUUACGGGGGAGAUCCACUUCACCCAAACCAAAAAUUGUUGCAAAAGAUGGAAAGCCUGCUGCGGAAACUGAAAACAGAGCUCCUUCCCCUCACGUCGUACAAGAAAAUCUUCACAGUGAAGUUGUGGAAGUAUGUACUUCAAGUACUCUAAAGACUAACAGCAUUAUAGAUAGCACCUGUGAAGAUAACACAGAGUUUAAAAGUGUGGAUGAUGGUUCUAAUAAGGUUCAUUUCAGCAUAGGAAAAGCCCCACUGAAAGAUGAGCAAGACAUGAGAGCAUCUCCAAAAGUGAGCCGUAAAUGUGCGGGCAGGCACACCAGACCCAAAAAGGAGAAGUCCAGCUUUCUUUUCAAAGGCGAUGGUUCCAAACCCGUAGAGCCAGCCAAGCAAGCCAUGUCACCUUCUGUUGCAGAGUGUGCUAGGGCUGUCUUUGCUGCUUUCCUCUGGCAUGAAGGAAUAGUUCAUGAUGCUAUGGCCUGUUCGUCUUUUUUGAAGUUUAAUCCAGAACUGUCCAAAGAGCACGCACCGAUACGAAGCAGUCUGAGCCAGCAACCAGCCGAGGAAAAAGAAACCAAGUUGAAAAACAGGCAUUCCUUGGAAAUAUCAUCUGCUCUUAACAUGUUCAACAUUGCACCUCAUGGACCAGACAUAUCAAAAAUGGGAAGCAUCAAUAAAAACAAGGUCCUCUCUAUGUUAAAAGAACCGCCUCUGCAUGAGAAGUGUGAGGAUGGAAAAAAUGAAGCUACCUCCUUUGAAACAUCCAGUCAUCACGCAAUGAAAUCAAAGUCUCCUCUUCCAUUAACACUGCAGCAUUUGGUAGCUUUUUGGGAAGAUAUUUCUCUAGCAACUAUUAAAGCAGCUUCCCAAAAUAUGAUUUUUCCAAGUCCUGGUUCUUGUGCUGUGUUAAAGAAGAAGGAAAGUGACAAAGAUAACAAGAAAACCAAAAAAGACAAAAAGAAAAAAGAAAAGGUUGAGGCCAGGCCAAGGGGGAAUCUUUUUGGUGAGAUGGCCCAGCUUGCAGUGGGAGGACCUGAAAAAGACACCAUUUGUGAGUUAUGUGGAGAAUCCCAUCCAUAUCCAGUGACUUACCACAUGAGACAAGCUCAUCCAGGUUGUGGCCGUUACGCGGGUGGCCAAGGCUAUAACAGCAUCGGUCACUUCUGCGGAGGCUGGGCUGGUAACUGUGGUGAUGGGGGUAUUGGAGGAAGCACUUGGUAUUUGGUUUGUGAUCGAUGCAGAGAAAAAUACCUCCGUGAGAAGCAAGCAGCAGCAAGAGAGAAGAUUAAACAAUCUAGGAGAAAACCAAUGCAAGUUAAAACUCCUCGUGCCUUGCCAACUAUGGAAGCUCAUCAAGUGAUUAAAGCUAAUGCACUGUAUUUGCUGUCACUGAGUAGUGCUGCUGAGCCCAGUAUCCUCUGCUAUCACCCUGCAAAAACAUUUCAGUCUCAACUUCCUAGUGUCAAAGAAGGAAUUUCUGAAGACUUUCCCAUUAAAAUGCCAUGUCUCUAUCUACAGACAUUAGCAAGGCACCAUCAUGAAAACUUCGCUGGGUACCAGGAUGACAACCUCUUCCAGGAUGAGAUGAGGUACCUGCGCUCAACCUCAGUACCUGCACCGUACAUCUCUGUUACUCCUGAUGCAAGCCCUAAUGUCUUUGAAGAGCCAGCAGAGAGUAACAUGAAAUCUAUGCCCCCAAGUUUGGAAACCAGUCCAAUAACAGAUACAGACCUUGCAAAGCGUACGGUCUUUCAGAGAUCGUAUUCGGUUGUUGCGUCAGAAUAUGACAAGCAGCACUCAAUUCUGCCAGCACGAGUUAAGGCGAUCCCCAGGAGACGAGUCAACAGUGGAGAUGCAGAAGUGGGGUCCUCUCUCCUGAGACAUCCAUCUCCUGAACUUUCUCGGUUAAUCUCCGCCCACAGCUCUCUUUCCAAAGGAGAGAGAAAUUUCCAGUGGCCAGUACUGGCAUUUGUAAUCCAGCAUCAUGAUCUGGAAGGACUUGAAAUAGCAAUGAAACAGGCCUUACGGAAAUCUGCUUGCCGGGUCUUUGCCAUGGAGGCUUUUAACUGGCUUCUUUGUAAUGUCAUUCAAACAACUUCUCUUCAUGACAUUUUGUGGCAUUUUGUGGCUUCCUUGACACCUGCACCUGUAGAACCUGAAGAGGAGGAAGAUGAAGAAAAUAAAUCAAAUAAAGAAAAUGCAGAACAAGAGAAAGACACAAGAGUAUGUGAACAUCCUCUGUCAGAUAUAGUGAUUGCUGGUGAAGCAGCUCACCCGUUACCCCACACUUUCCAUCGUCUCCUGCAGACAAUCUCUGAUCUGAUGAUGUCCCUUCCCAGUGGUAGUGCGCUGCAGCAAAUGGCCUUAAGAUGCUGGAGUCUCAAAUUCAAACAAUCUGAUCAUCAAUUCUUACAUCAGAGCAAUGUUUUCCAUCAUAUCAACAAUAUUUUAUCUAAAUCUGACGAUGGGGAUAGUGAAGAGAGCUUUAGUAUCAGCAUACAGUCUGGUUUUGAAGUCAUGAAUCAGGAAUUGUGUAUCGUGGUUUGUCUAAAAGACCUAACAAGUAUUGUUGACAUUAAAACAUCAAGCCGACCUGCCAUGAUCGGUAGCUUAACAGAUGGGUCUACAGAAACAUUUUGGGAGUCAGGAGAUGAAGACAAAAACAAAACUAAAAACAUCACAAUUAACUGUGUAAAAGGAAUCAAUGCUCGUUAUGUGUGUGUUCAUGUAGACAAUUCCAGAGAUCUCGGGAACAAAGUGACUUCAAUGACUUUCCUGACUGGUAAGGCAGUAGAAGAUCUCUGCAGAAUAAAGCAGGUAGACUUGGAUUCGAGACAUAUUGGCUGGGUGACAAGUGAACUUCCUGGUGGUGAUAAUCACAUCAUCAAAAUUGAAUUGAAGGGUCCAGAGAACACGUUAAGAGUUCGGCAAGUGAAAAUUCUUGGAUGGAAAGAUGGCGAAAGCAUCAAAAUAGCAGGACAGAUUUCAGCAAGUGUAACUCAGCAAAGGAACUGUGAAUCCGAGACGCUGCGGGUGUUCCGACUUAUUACAUCCCAGGUAUUUGGAAAACUCAUAUCUGGAGAUGCUGAGCCAACCCCAGAGCAAGAAGAAAAAGCACUGUUGUCUUCCCCAGAAGGAGAGGAAAAAGCAACAUCAGAUGCAGACCUGAAAGAGCACAUGGUAGGGAUCAUAUUCAGCCGGAGCAAACUGACAAAUUUACAGAAGCAGGUGUGCGCCCACAUCGUGCAGGCCAUCCGCAUGGAGGCGACGCGCGUGCGCGAGGAGUGGGAGCACGCCAUCUCCAGCAAGGAGAACGCCAACUCGCAGCCCCGCCGAGACGACGAGGUGUGCGCCCACAUCGUGCAGGCCAUCCGCAUGGAGGCGACGCGCGUGCGCGAGGAGUGGGAGCACGCCAUCUCCAGCAAGGAGAACGCCAACUCGCAGCCCAGCGACGAGGACGCGGCCUCCGACGCCUACUGCUUCGAGCUGCUCUCCAUGGUGCUCGCCCUGAGCGGCUCCAACGUGGGCCGGCAGUACCUGGCUCAGCAGCUCACCCUGCUCCAGGAUCUCUUCUCCUUGCUCCACACGGCUUCUCCCAGGGUGCAGCGGCAGGUAACAUCACUGCUAAGGCGUGUUUUGCCUGAAGUAACCCCUAGUCGCCUGGCCAGUAUCAUAGGUGUGAAAUCCCUUCCACCAGCAGAUAUAAGUGAUAUCAUUCACUCAACAGAGAAAGGGGAUUGGAAUAAACUGGGUAUCUUGGACAUGUUUUUGGGAUGCAUUGCCAAAGCUCUCACCGUACAGCUAAAAGCCAAAGGAACUACUAUAACUGGAACAGCUGGCACUACUGCAGGCAAAGGAGUUACUACAGUCACACUUCCAAUGAUUUUCAAUUCCAGCUAUAUUCGGCGGGGUGAAAGCCACUGGUGGAUGAAGGGCUCGACACCUACACAGAUCUCAGAGAUCAUUAUCAAACUGAUUAAAGAUAUGGCAGCAGGUCAUCUCUCAGAAGCUUGGUCCCGUGUGACAAAAAACGCAAUUGCUGAAACCAUCAUAGCUCUGACCAAAAUGGAAGAAGAAUACAGAUCACCAGUAAGAUGCAUCGCAACAACUAGACUGUGGUUGGCUCUAGCAUCCCUCUGUGUGCUUGAUCAGGAUCAUGUUGAUAGAUUGUCCUCCGGAAGGUGGAUGGGAAAAGAUGGACAACAGAAACAGAUGCCGAUGUGUGAUAACCAUGACGAUGGUGAAACUGCUGCAAUUAUUUUAUGUAAUGCCUGUGGGAAUUUGUGUACAGACUGUGACCGAUUCCUUCAUCUCCACCGACGAACGAAAACUCACCAGAGACAGGUAUUUAAAGAAGAAGAAGAAGCUAUCAAAGUCGAUCUUCAUGAAGGCUGUGGUAGGACCAAACUUUUCUGGCUGAUGGCAUUAGCAGAUUCUAAAACUAUGAAGGCUAUGGUGGAAUUUAGAGAACAAACAGGCAAGCCGACCACAAGCAGUUCUGAGGCGUGUCGUUUCUGUGGGUGUCGGAGUGGAACGGAGUUAUCAGCCGUGGGCAGCGUUUGUUCCGACGCAGACUGCCAGGAAUACGCCAAAAUAGCCUGUAGCAAGACGCACGCGUGUGGCCACCCGUGCGGCGGCGUGAAGAACGAAGAGCACUGCCUGCCGUGCCUGCACGGCUGCGACAAGGGCGCCGCCACGCUGAAGCAGGACGCCGACGACAUGUGCAUGGUCUGCUUUACUGAAGCACUCUCAGCUGCACCAGCUAUCCAGCUGGACUGCAGCCAUGUAUUCCACUUGCAAUGCUGUCAGCGAGUGCUGGAGAACAGAUGGCUUGGGCCAAGGAUAACUUUUGGGUUCAUGUCCUGUCCUAUUUGCAAGAACAAAAUUAAUCAUACAGUAUUAAAGGAUUUGCUUGAUCCAAUCAAAGAACUCUAUGAAGAUGUAAGGAGAAAAGCUCUAAUGAGACUGGAGUAUGAAGGGUUGCACAAAAGCGAGGCCAUCACAACACCAGGUGUUAGAUUUUAUAAUGACCCAGCUGGCUAUGCCAUGAACAGAUAUGCCUAUUACGUUUGCUUCAAAUGCAAAAAGGCAUAUUUUGGUGGUGAGGCUCGUUGUGAUGCUGAGGCUGGGCAAGGAGAUGACUACGAUCCGAGAGAGCUUAUUUGUGGUGCAUGUUCUGAUGUUUCAAGGGCUCAGAUGUGUCCCAAGCACGGUACAGAUUUCCUGGAGUACAAAUGCCGCUAUUGCUGCUCAGUUGCUGUCUUCUUCUGCUUUGGGACAACACAUUUCUGCAAUGCUUGCCACGAUGAUUUCCAAAGAAUGACAAGCAUCCCUAAAGAAGAACUUCCACAUUGUCCUGCAGGUCCCAAAGGCAAACAACUUGAAGGAACAGAGUGUCCACUUCAUGUUGUCCAUCCACCCACUGGUGAAGAAUUUGCUCUGGGUUGUGGGGUUUGCAGAAACGCUCACACUUUUUAGACUAGGGUUUUUUUUUUUUUUUUUUUUGAACCAGAGCAAAGCAGGUGCCCUCAUCCCUCAAGUGUCCUGAGAGUAAAGUCCAGUUGGGAUGAGGAUGGGACCAUUUCAUAACCCAGGUAAAAGGAACAAUUCACAGUGCAAGAAGGAUGCCAAAUACCAUGUACAUAAUUCUUGCUGUGAGAAAUUGACAUUUUUUGAACCAAGACAUCAAAACUUGUGAGGUGUUUGCAUGUGGCCAUUACAGUCAUCGGCUAGGAAACAUUGGACAUUUACAAAUUAAUAAUUGCUAUUAAAGGAUCUGUGUGUCUGUGGACUAUGAAUGAUGCUGGCUUUCAGGAGAAAGAAAAAAAUGAUUAUUGUAUACUGACUUUUUGUAAUCUUGUACAAUUGUAACGCAUCACAAGUGGGGAUGGAAAAAAGGAAUAUUCUGGUUUAUUUCCUAGACUGUUAUAAAAAAAAUUGUGUUAGGAAGGCAUAAAUGUAACAAGUAUCACGCUGUAUAUAAAGGUAUCAAUGUUUGUCCUGUAUAAGAAUUAUUAAAUUACAACAGCAGUUUCAUUUAAACUUCUGGGUUAUGUUUGAGCCUGAAAUUUUAAUGAAGUGCAAUACUGAGUGUGCCUCAUAUCUUGCAGCUGUAAACAUAUUGGAAUGUACAUGUCAAUAAAGCCACUGUACAUUUUUAUACAGUGAAAGUCUAA